AUGAAUUUCUUGCCUGCAAAAAAAAGCAAAGCUAAUAUGAUGCAAGAAUGCGUCAGCCCAAUCAGAGUUCUGGUGAAUUCCUUAACGAAUCAAGAGCACGUCAGGACAUCGCAAACAUGGAAUGUAAGGGGCCUCAAUGACGCUGCUCAUAGAGAACUUGUCAGGGAAACGGUGACCUGCUCGCGGCCAAGCAUUGUGUGCCUGCAGGAAACCAAACUGAGCUGUCUCACUACUACUCUGGCCCACGAGACCCUCGGCCAAUGUCUUGACUCCUAUCUUGAGUUGGGGGCUCAGGGGACUAGAGGUGGAAUUAUUUUAGCCUGGAACAAGGACAUGAUCUCUGUCACUAAUGCAGUAAAUAGAAACUUCACCAUUUCAGCAACUAUCAAGGUUAUAUCUUCAGAGACACCUUUCCUAAUGACUACAUGUUAUGGACCUGCGGAUGAUGGCAGAAAAGAUGAGUUCCUUGCUGAAUUGAUGGCUAUCAAGCCGCCAGCUACUAUUCCAUGGAUCAUUGUAGGAGAUUUCAACCUCAUCUAUCAGGCCAGUGACAAAAACAACCUGAACCUCAAUAGAAGAAUGAUGGGAAAGUUCAGACGAGCAUUAGACGAAUGUGAGCUCAUGGAGAUUGCACUGCAAAACAGGAAAUACACGUGGUCCAAUGAAAGAGAGAGCCCAACCUUGAUAAGAUUGGACAGGAUGUUCUGUAAUCAUGGCUGGGAGGCUGCCUUCCCAAACUUCGCGCUCAACGCUCUGGCAACGGGUGCUUCAGAUCACUGCCCGCUGUUCCUGACCCGUCAAGAACGCACAGUCAGAAAGGCGGCUUUCAAAUUUGAAAACCACUGGCUAAAGAUUGAUGGGUUUAAGGAGGUUGUGACAGCAGCAUGGAAUAAACCACAAUUUGGCUCAGCGCACAAUGUACUAAACAAGAAGAUGGCAGAAACGGCUACGGCGCUACGUAACUGGAACAAGAAGCUGUUCAGCAAUGCGAGGCUACAGCUGCACAUUGCAAAUGAGGUCAUAUUUAGACUGGAUAUCGCUCAAGAAGUCAGGCAACUCACAGUAGGGGAAAUCAGCUUAAGAAGUGACCUCAAGGUUAGAAUCUUGGGCCUAGCAGCAUUAGAGAGAAGCAGAAGGCGACAGGCAUCCAGAAUCAAUUUCAUCAAAGCUGGGGAUGCUUGCACGAGAUUUUUUCACCUUAAGAUGGCAGCUAGGAAAAGAAGAAAAUAUGUUGCAUCACUGAAAAACCAAGGCGGCUCCUUGGUCUGGUCAAACAAUGAUAAACAACAAGUCCUGCAGGAGUACUUUGAGAAUUUGAUUGGAAAAAAGCUCAAUCCGGUCUAUUUGUUGACGGCAGUAAAAGCACCCAAAAAAUUCCUAAAAGAACUAGAAAAACUGCGUAGACGAUUUCUAUGGGCAGGAGACAAGGAGCUUACAGGAGGAAAUUGUAAGGUGGCAUGGACCAAGGUCUGCACACCAAUGGUAAAUGGGGGCCUUGGCAUCAUCGAGCUUGAUAAGUUCAGUCGCGCUCUGCGACUUCGUUGGCUAUGGUAUUCAUGGGAUGACACAGCCAGGCCGUGGAAAGGUCUAGAUCUACCGAUAGACAGCACUGAUAUAGCACUCUUCAACGCGGCAACAAUCUGUGACUUUAGGCAACGGAAACAAGGCUACCUUACGGACCUCUCGCUGGCCGCAAGGAGAAGCACCUGCAACCUUAUACCCGGUCUGUUCAAACACAAAGAAAAGGAAGAAUAG